GCGAUUGUGUUUUUGGUAGUUGAGCAAAACUUGGGUGGGGAUAAUGCUUUGCCCUUCUUAAUUUUGGCCUUUGCAGUUUUAAUAUCGCCACCGAUAAUUUUCUACAGCAGUGUAAUUUUUGAACUGCCAAAAGACAAAGAGGAUAAGGUGGAGAACAAAUUGUGCAAAUACGCAAAUGGGUUAUCAAAGUUUACUUUCCCAAGUGAAAAAGCCUUUGAAUUUUAGGCUGUGCAAGGUUUCUGGUCGCACAAGUGAAGUGCUGGAGAUUCAAGCUGAUGAUCCUACAUUGCACGUUUUAGUCAUCCCUGGAAAUCCAGGAGUUAUUUCAUUUUAUAAGGACUUUUUGGAAUCACUAUACGAGCUUCUUGGAGGAAGGGCAUCAAUAACAGCUAUAGGGCACAUAUCUCAGACUGCAAAGAACUGGGAGCAUGGAAGGUUAUACUCAUUGCAAGAACAAAUUGAUCAUAAGAUGGACUUCAUUGGACAGGAACUACAAAAUACUGAAGUUCCUGUAAUACUGGUUGGACACUCUAUUGGUUCGUAUAUAUCUGUCGAAGUGCAAAAGAGGUCUUCGGAAAAGGUGAUGUACUGCAUUGGAUUAUAUCCCUUUUUGGCGUUGAACCAACAAUCAAUAAAGCAGUCCAUUAUUGGGAAAAUUGCAGCGUCUUCGAUCAUAUCAGCUGCAGUUAGUUUCACUAUAGCAACUUUGGGGUUAUUACCUCAUAGAGCUUUCAGGUUUAUUGUUUCUAAAUCUCUUGGGAGUUCAUGGUCUGGUACCGCCGUUAAGGCUGCUUGCACUCACUUGUCAAAGUAUCAUGUUAUGCGGAAUGUGCUCUUUAUGGCAAUGACAGAGUUCAAAAAGCUAUCAGAAACACCAGAUUGGGCCUUUAUGAGAGAAAAUCAAAAUAAAAUGGCAUUUUUGUUUGGCAUCGAUGAUCACUGGGGUCCGUUGCAAAUGUUUGAAGAGAUUUCGAAGCAGGCCCCAGAUAUUACUCUAUCAAUUGAAAGGGAGGGCCACAGUCAUACUUUCUGUUGCACCCAGGCUGGUUCAUCAUGGGUUGCUGGCCAUGUGGCUAACUUGAUAAGGAAAAAGGUUUCAAGUUAAGGUCAGAUCUACUCUUCCGACAUUUGUAGAUCACAUCAAUCAAGUUUAUCUUAUAAUAAAGGGAGAAAAGUGAACUAUAUAUGACCGAUGCUUUGCUCAGACUAUUUAUUUGUCAUCUGAAUUGAAAUUUUAUCGAUAAGAAUCACAUGUAUAACUGUUAUAUGCAUAUGGACUCUGGUCCUCAAUUCUUUUUAUAUAGUAGAGAUUAUCGUUGACAUUGCAGGACCGGUGAAAUAAAAAGGUGUGCAUGUCAUGUUACUGUAAA